AUGGGAAUCAGGCCAAACUUUGCAGAAGAUGUUUAUGGCGAUAGAAAGACUGAAGAAAGUGAUCAACCCGAAUACAGCGAAUCGUCAUUAGCUCAUCGACGUUCUGCAAAUGUUUUGAAACUGAAACAAGUUAAAGAAGCUCAGCCUUUAAUUGGAACAGGAAUUGGACCUAUAAAUGAGAAUGUUGAGAUCGAUAAAGAUCUUGAUUUUGAAUAUGGAGAUAGUGAUACAGGAAUCAAAGAAAUGGCUGAAUUGUAUAGUUAUUCUGAAAUGGAAGAAUUUGCAUUGAAUAUAAAUUGUUGGAAAGAAUAUAUGGAAACAUUUGAAGAUAGUAUUAAUCCAUUACCAAGAAACUUUGAAGAUCUGACAGAAUCACAAAAAGAUUUUGUUAUUCAAGAUCUUUGUACUCGAAUGGAAAGUGCGGAUAGUGGAAUAAGAUUGAAAUCAGCUAGAAAUAUUUUAUUUAUUCUACAAGGAUCUGUGACCGAUUUUGCUAACCCGGAAAAUGAACAAAUUGAAUAUCAAUAUGAUAAAAAUCUUAUGAUGAAUGUUCCUGUUCAAAAAUCGAAAGAAUUGGAUCCAGAUGGUCCUCUUCAAGUUUAUCAAAGAGCAGUAAAAAAUUCGUUUGUCUGUUAUAGAAAUGGUGUAUAUCAGGUAUUUCAUUUACUCACUUAAUUUUAGUUUUCAAAAAAAAACUUUUUUUGCAGAGUUUGUGCACUCUUCUGAUGACGGAGAUCAAAGAACCUUAUGAAUUUCUACCAUCAAAUGACGGAAGAAUUUCAAAAGCCAGUUCUCGUGACAGUAAACAUGCGAGUUAUGCAGAUCUAUCAGAUUCGGAGAGAAAUAAACAAGGUCCAACAAUGGCAGACAAUGAAAUGUUACGAAUUAUAAUGUCAUCUAUUUAUCAUAUGAUUGUUCAAAUUUUGGAUGAAAAAUCGGGAAGAGGAAUUUCAGAAGCACAAAAUAUAAAAGAGAAAGAAGCACGAUUAUUGUUCAAAGAUGAUAUUCGUAAGUUUUUUAUUUUUGUUUUUAAAAAACAGUCGAGGAAAAACAUUUUACAGAAGAACCAAUUGAAAAUGGAAAUGAGCCACUUCUUAUUGUUCUUUUAAACAUGCUUCAUCCAUUUUAUAUCGGAACUUCUCCACAUUAUCCAAUCAAGAAAAUGGUUUUAUUGAUCUGGAAAGUUCUUCUUUUAACUCUUGGUGGAUGGCAAGAUAUCGAAUCGAAAAAACAAGAAAAACGCAAAAAAGCAGGUCUCGAAAUAAUGGAAAAUACACUCAAAGUGGCCGAAUCGAUGCCUGCUUUUAUAUUAAAAGAACAAGAUGAAGUUAAAAACCUUGCACAUCGUCCAGGAACAUUGGCAAGAGCUGGAAUGAUGGCAAGACAAAUGGCAUAUAAUGAUGAUUCUGGAAGAGAUGAUGAUGAUCCACCUGAAUCAGCAUCAAGUAGUAGUGGAAAUGAAGAAGUUGAUAAUAGACAAAAUGAAAAUAAUGAUAAAAGUGGGGAACAAACACCAAGAGUUGGUUCGCCUGUUCCUGUUAUUCCACAAAGAAAAAUUCUACCAUGGAGAAGUAAAACAACAUCGGCUGAUAUUGAAAAAUUCAUUGAAAGUGGAAGGUAACUUUUUUUCGAAACAAAUAAAUACUCAUUUUAUAUUUCUUCAUUUUCAGACACAAAUAUUUCAAUUACAAUUUUGAUAAUAGUGAUACAACAACACUUUUUGGAUUUCCUCCAUCAUUUAUUGGUGCUGUAAAUAUUUUGAGAAAAAAUCGAUAUGAAUCGCUUUCAGAAAAACAGGUAAAAACUUUAAAUAAAUAUUCAUUUUCCCAAUUUCCAUGUAUUUCAGAUAGCUGAAGAUGAAGAAUUGAAUAGAUAUUUAUUCUCACGUAAAGAAGCGAUUGAAGAAACUAAAACUGAAGAAAUCUAUCGAAAACUUCUUCCAAAUAUGAGUCAAUAUAUUUGUUCACUUGUUAAAGUAUUAGUUUCAUCAGUUCCAUCAAAUAAAGAAGGACUCAAUGUUCUUAUUGAUUUAUUGACACCUGAAAUGGAAGCAUCUGAUAUUUUAUCGAAUUCCAUAUCUUUGGAUCAUUCAACAAGUUCACCACUUGAAGAUGGUUUUAGAUUAGCUAUUGAUAUUAAUCGCCACAAAGAGGUAAUUUUUUAAUUAACAUGGUCCAUUUGAACUCUGAUCUUAACUUUGCUCACUAGCCCAGAUCAAAAAGUUUUGUAAGAGAAAUUCGCAUACUCUAUCUCAAAAAUGUAUUCCAGAUAAUUGUCAAAUCGCUUUCUUCAAUUCUUUUAUUGCUUGUCAAACAUUUCAAACUCAAUCAUAUUUAUCAAUUCGAAUUUAUUUGUCAACAAAUUGUUUAUGUCAAUGGUAUUCCACUUAUUCUCAAAUUCUUAGAUCAGGUAACUUUUCUCUUCAAAAAAUAGCUGUUCUGUUUUCUUCUGCAACAUUUUUUGUUUUCAAAAAAUCACCUCACUUUUAUUGUAUCACUUCAAAGAUUACAAAGUGGUCGGAACACAAACUGAUCAAAUGGCUCCUCCCAUUUUCUUGUUUUCUUCUCUCUGUUUUUCAUUUACGUGCCAAUUCUUAUUUAUUGCAGAAUACUACAAAAUAUAUUCAAUCUCGACAUGAAAUAUAUGCUUAUAAUUAUCCACAAUGUCUUUAUCAUUAUGUCAGAAAUGGAGGUAAUAUUUUAUAUUGGAAAACAUUUUAUACUAAAAAACAUUUUGCAGAAGAAUGGCCAAUUUUGACUCAAGAUAAUAUCGAAGAACCACGUUCACCUUAUGCUGGACCAUAUUUUAUGUGGAGAAAUGUGUUUUAUACAAUUAAUUUGGUUCGAUUGUUGAACAAGUUGGUGAAAGGAAAGAAUGAUCGAGUUAAAAUGUUGAUGGCUUUCAAAUCAGCUCCAAUUCUUAAAAGAUUAUUGAAAGUUCGAGUGGUAAGUUAAAAAAUGUCAUACAAGGGAAGAAACAUUUUUCUGUAAAUUUUGGAAUAAGUACACCUUGGAUUAUUUUUCAACUAUCUUCUUUCAAUAUUUAUUUUUCCAAUAAUUUGUUUUUCAGUCGAUUCUCCAAUUAUAUAUACUGAAAGCUAUCAAAAUGCAAUCGCGAUUUUUGGGAAGACAAUGGAGAAAAACGAAUAUGGCAACAAUUUCAGCGAUUUAUUCAAGAGUUCGACAUCGAAUGACUGAUGAUUGGGCAUUUUCUUCUGAUAUCAAAAGAAAAUGUGAUUAUCAAAAAGAGGAUAAUUUAAUAAAAGCAUCGAUUGAAAGAUUUCACAGUCGAAGAUAUGCAAAAUAUUAUCCACAAUUUGCAAUUGGUUAGUCUGCUUUUUUUCAAUUUAUUUUUUAAAACUAACAAAGUAUUUUUUAGAAGUGAAUGAUGCUCCAAUGCCUGGAGAUGAUUAUUUGAAUCGUGUAGAUAUGAGAGAUUUUGAGCCGGUUGAUAAUUGUGCACAUUCUGUACUUGGAUUAGAUAUUACACUUGGAAAAAAGUUGGUUUUUUUUUUUGCGAAAUUCUGGGAGAGAUUCUGACUUGGACUCAAGAAAGGGAUACGGAUGUUUAUUUCAAAUGGGUUGAACAAAAAAAAAGAAAUUUCCGAAUUUUCUACGCUUCAAAAUUCCCGUGACUAAUCAACCUGGUCCGAUUCAAAAUUUGCUAAAAAAUCUUCAAAAUCAAUUUUUAUUUUUUUUUCAGAUUCAAACAAAAUUAUGAAAAAUGGAUGGAACAAGAAGUAUUUCGUGCAAAAAUCAAUUGGGAUAAACUUUUGAUAGAAACACGUGGAUUCGAAGAUUUGUUGUUAUCCUAA